CGGCAGAAAGCAGCCCCGCUCCCCGAGCAGGCGGCGGCGGCGGCGGCGGCGGCGACCGCCUUCUAAGCUCUCCCCUCCCACCGCCGGCCAGUCCUGCUGGCAGCGCGGCGAGGCGGCUGGGCGCAGAGGCAGCCGGGGCUCGGCCGCCUGCCUGCCCGCCCGCCUGGCUGCCCGCUUGCCCCCAUGCCUUCCUCGCCCCCGGCCUCCUCUUCUUCCUCCUCCUCCUCCUCCUCCUCCUCUUCCUCCCCGCCGCCUCUGCAGCCCUGCCCCGGAGCCUUCGCCUAGCCCGGCGGAGGAGAAGCGGGGGCGGCGCCUGGUGGGCUCCGGCGGUCUUCCGCGAUGGAUCUAUUCGACUUUUUCAAGGACUGGGAACUGGAGCAGCAGUGUCACUAUGAACAAGAUCGGAACGCACUUAAGCGGAAGGAAUGGGAGCGGAGAAAUCAAGAAAUCCAGCAAGAUGAAGACCUCUUUGCGUCUGGCUUUAAUCUCUUUGGAGAACCGUACAAGACCAGCAAAGGUGACGCUCUCGCCAACCGUGUGCAGAACACUUUGGGCAACUAUGAUGAGAUGAAGGACCUGCUCACCAACCAUUCCAACCAGAGCCACCUUGUCGGCAUCCCAAAGAAUCCUGUGCCGCAAACCCCGGUAGACAAAAAUGAGCCAAGUUUUUUCCCCGAGCAAAGGAACCGGAUGGUCGCGCCCCACCAGAUGGGUGGGAACACCUCAACGGCUAUGCCUCCCCCGUCUUCCCUGUCGUCCAAUUCAAGUUUGCUGAAUGGCCACCAGAGCAGCAGGAAAUCCAGGACGGACUGGUCCCGUGGCAACCACAGCUCUAGUGGUGGCCAGUCGAACCCGCCCAGUAGCCAGCCCAAUCGGACCAAACAUAGCGCUUCUCAUGAGCCAACCCAAGGCCGAUAUGAGGACCUUUAUCCCUGCCAGAACGAGCCGCAGAAAACAGGAGGAGGGGAGGAACUCAACACCCCACCUUCGUCUUCACAUUCGAGGAGGCACAAUCACUCCAAAUCCACAACGGCCGAGCACUCCUACAAAGAAACCACCCACUCCAAGUCUCCGGUGGAUCUUGAUUUCCUGAGCCAUGGGUCUCCUCUUCCUUCUACGUCUUUGCUAUCCGCUGCCAACAAUCUUUCUAACCAGAACUUUCCUCCUGGACUCCACUGUAAAAGCAGUAUGAUCCAGCAGAAACCCACUGCUUACGUUAGACCCAUGGAUGGCCAGGAUCAAGUCCCAAAUGACUCCCCAGAACUAAAACCACCCAUAGAAACUGAGGGGGUCUAUGGAAACCAAUCCUUUGGAAGUCUACUGGAAGGGAAAACCACCGGAUCCAGUUCUAAGAAUAAACUACCAAAGCUUACCAUUCCUCAAAUGAGUGAAGUUAGCCUUCCCAAUGACUCCAACUGUGUGGAAGAGAUAUUACGGGAAAUGACCCAUUCAUGGCCUCCGCCUCUCACUGCUAUCCACACUCCCGGCAAAGCGGAACAGAACAAAUUUACUAUCCCAAGCAAGGCCCAGGAUUGCCAGCAUCUGACCUCAGGAUACCCUGCACAAAAAUGGAACGAGCCUACCAAUAAAGUUGCAACCAAAUCUGUGCCACAGAAAUCAAUGCUUGAAGAUGACUUGAAACUCAGCAGCGAUGAAGACGAUAAUGAUCAGACUGCAGAGAAGACAAAGCCUCGAAACAUUCCUGCAAAUGGCCUUCCAUUGCCAACAGCACACAACGCUGUCCUCAUACAUUCCAGCGGCGGAUCCGGAAGCUCCAGUGAAUCUGAAAGUAGCUCGGAAUCUGAUUCGGACAGCGAAACCAGCUCCAGCGAUAGCGAAUGCAAUGAAGAAUCCCGUAGCGGAACUCCGGAGCCUGAACCCCCGUCAGCUAACAAAUGGCAGCUGGACAAAUGGCUAAACAAAGUCAAUCCUCACAACAAGACGAUCAUCAGCAACCAACAUGAGGGUCACGGGGAGAACAGCGUUCCGUCCCAGACCGGGCCUCAAAUGGAAGGACAAAACAAAGGGAAGGUUAACAACAGCUUGUCCCUGACCGAUUCCAAAGACAGGGCCCUCCGCAGCCCCAUCCGAGAGAAAGCCAAACCCCGAGUGGCCCAGAAAACCCCCGCCGAUGUGAAAAGUUCCAAGCAGAAAUCCCCCGUGCACAAUGAGCCCGUGCCCCAAAGGACGACGGGGAAAAAGCAGCCCAAAAAAGUCGAAAGAACUUCCAGUGCGGAAGAUUACAAUUGGCCCAAACCAAAUAUGACCAGCAGCACCCCCAAAGAGAAGGAGGCGCAAGAGAGCUCAGAACAGGCCAAACUGAGGGCCAAGAUGGCCGCCGGGAAGACCGCUCCGAGGAAGGAACCUAGAGCCACCACCAUCCCGCCUCUGGAGAAGAAAAAGUACAGGGGUCCCAGCAAAACCUUCCCCAAGUCACGGGAGUUUGUGGAAACGGAUUCGUCCACUUCGGAUUCCAACACCGACCAUGAAGAGAGCCUGCAGGCCAAGAGCCUGCAGGGAGGGAGCAGCUCGGACAGCGGCCUCAAAGCCAAGGACUCCAGCAGCAACAUCCUCAGCGUCAGCAGUUUAAUGAGCAAUAACAGCAACACUUCAGUGGACCAGAAUGGGCCGGAUUUGGAGGAACCAUUUUUUUCACCUCUUCCCAUUGUUCAGAAUGAACCCCUGUCCCCCUUGAAGGAAUUCGAAGAACUCAAGUACCUUUGGGUGAAAAUAGACCUGAGUUUCCUCUCUCGGGUCCCCGGGCAAGAUCUGGACUUUGAGAACGUCUCUGGAAAGAUGGAACCUCGAGAGGUCAACAACAAGCAUCGGCGACAGGCGCCCGACUCUCCCUUGCCCCCGGCUGAAAAACCGUCUGCUAAAACCAAAAGGAAGCACAAACAGUCAGAAAACAUGGACACAUUCGGCGACAACAAGAAACAACGUUUAGAAGAGUCUUCGGCUUCCUGCUUGCUUCCUCCCUGCAUUUCACCGAUACCCAACCAUAGAAUACCCGGCAUAAAAGAAAGCAACUCCCUGAAAAAAGUGACCAAAAAGAGAGAAGAAAAACUCUUCCCACCUCCGUUGUCUCCUCUGAUGGAUGAGACAGCUCCGCGGCAUAACAUCUUGGACAACAGCUCCUUCAACCAAGAGAACUCCCUGCCAAGCUCCUUGCAGACCAACACCUGCUCCAAACACAGGAAGAACGAGAACAAAUCUUCCGUCAACUCCAAGGGAAUCAGUGAAGAAGAUGCUCACAGCAGGCCUUUGAAUCCUUUGCUGGAAUCCAGCCACCUCGACAACGAUCUCUGGUUGACAGGUCCCCCCUUCGCCAACGGGAAUCCUGAAUUGAGAAGACCCAAGAUAACAUUUGAUGAUAUGCUUCACAAUGCUGAUCACUAUAUGCAAGAAGCCAAAAAACUCAAGCAUAAGGCAGAUGCUCUGCUGGAAAAAUUUGGCAAAGCGGUGAAUUAUGCCGACGCGGCGAUCUCCUUCAUCGAAUGCGGGAAUGCUAUGGAGCGAGAUCCGUUAGAGGCGAAAUCUCCAUACACCAUGUACUCUGAGACGGUGGAACUCAUCAGGUACGCCAUGAGACUUAAGAACUUCACGGGGUCUUCUGCCACGGAAGGAGACAAGAAACUUGCAGUCCUCUGCUACCGCUGCUUAUCCCUUCUCUAUCUGAGAAUGUUUAAACUGAAGAAGGAUCACGCAAUGAAGUAUUCCAGAUCCUUAAUGGAAUAUUUUAAGAAUUCAUCCAAAGUUUCACAGGCCCCUUCUCCGUGGGGAGGAAAGACCACAGAAACACCAUCCCCUAUGUCUCUGAGCCCCUCGCCCAUCGGCAACCUUGGAAGCACCACAAGCACAGCAGGCUCCUCUUCGGUGGGGACUGUCAGCAUCCCCCAACGGAUCCACCACAUGGCCGCCAGCCAUGUCAACAUCACCAACAACGUCUUGCGGAGCUAUGAACAUUGGGACAUGGCCGACAAACUGACAAAAGAAAACAAAGAGUUCUUCAUAGACUUGGACUUGGCGAUGGGUCCAUUGACACAACACAGCAGUAUGACCAACCUGGUCCGUUACAUUCGUCAAGGACUCCAUUGGCUUCGCACUGAAGCCCACUUGUUGUAGUGACGGCCAUGCCCCCUGUCACCACUCCAUCCCGUUUCCUUCCUCGGCGCCCAGGUGAUCCCCGAUGGACAGCCACUUCCUCCUGUAACUGUAUCCAUAGAGUUUAAUUUUGUUGCCGUCUCUCUUUCUGUCUUAUACAAAACACAGACUAUUCUAUCUGUCCGAAAUGGAAUUGCCAUAAAUGGAAAAUGUAGCUUCCAAGCAGGGUACGUGUUCCUCGUGUUGAACCAGCGUCGGAUAUUUCCUUGGUCUACGAACUUCUAGAUCCUGCCAAUAUUGCCAUCUGUAACCUACAGUAUGGCCAUUGCCUGCAGUAUUGCACUUUGAUCCAGAAGUAUGUUCAAGGGGAAAGGGUUAAUAACAUUUUGAGGGGGGCCUCUUUCUGAAAGUUCUCAUGCCUGCCAAUUUAAUACAGAGAACCUCCCUCUUCCCCAACACAAUGUUGUCCUUCUGAGACCAGCCAUCCCUAUCCUCAGCUUAGUCCUGACUUGUUACUUGACAAGAGGUCAUUGUUACAAUCGCAGAAGUGUGGUCCUUAAACAAGCGUCAUGUCAAGCAUUUCCACCCUGCCAUAGACACCGACACGCACAUAACACAUGUAUCACAAAAGUCUUUGGGAGAUCUCUAUGGAGAAGCCAAUAAGCUGUCACGUUUUGUAAUUCUGAUUUAUAAUAAUAAUAAUAUAAUAAUAACAACAGAGUUGUAAGGGACCUUGGAGGCCUUCUAGUCCAACCCCCUGCCCAGGUAGGAAACCCUACACCAUCUCAGACAGAUGGUUAUCCAACAUUUUCUUUAAAAUUUUGAGUGUUGGAGCAUUCACAACUUCUGCAGGCAAGUCGUUCCACUUAUUAAUUGUUCUAACUGUCAGGAAAUUUCUCCUUAGUUCUAAGUUGCUUCUCUCCUAGAUCAGUUUCCACCCAUUGCUUCUUGUCCUGCCCUCAGGUACUUUGGAGAAUAGCUUGGCUCCCUCUUCUUUGGGGCAGCCCCUGAGAUAUUGGAACACUGCUAUCAUGUCAUCCCUGGUUCUUCUUUUCACUAGACUAGACAUACCCAGUUCCUGCAACCGUUCUUCAUUUGUAGAUCUCCAUUUUUUGAGGGGGCUACUAGCAGGCCCUUUUAAAAAUCUAUUUGACCACCAUGGAAGCCUUUUAAAAUGAAAAAAGGUAUCCAGUAAUCCAUGCUGUAGGAUUCAUCCCAAUCUCUCUCUCUCUCUCUCAUCUAAAAAAAAAUUAAGGAUGAGAUGCUUUUUUUGUUAUUCUAAAUAUGUGGGGCAGCUCCACAAAUUACCAUAAGAUUCAACUACGGUGCAAGGUAAUCUCGUUUAAUUGAGCCAUUUGCAGGUGGAGGAUGUCCAUUAGACGCAACCGUAAUUACCACCAUGGCAAUGGAUGCCGUGAUUGAAAUGAGGCCAAUUGUCUGCAAAUGUCCUCGUGUGAAUGAAGCUGUAAUGUUAUGCAAACGACAUGCGUUGACCCGCAAUUGCCUCAUUUGCAUAAGGAUAUCAUCCUCGCGCUCAGAUACGUUGAAAUUGUCUCCUCUAGAGUUCUUGAGAAGGGACGGUGGACUUGGGAGCUGUUUCAGAGGGAUGUCUAAAUGGAAACGGGAUUGUUUGCAUCCAGAGUUUGCUAAAUUGUUUUGUUAAAGCAAGGUUUCACUGUAUCCCAACAUGUGCUGGCUGGGGAAUUCUGGGAAUUGAAGUCCAGAGGUCUUAAAGUUGCCAAGGUUGAGAAAUAGAGCUGGAGGGUUCUCAGCUAGGAUGGCCCCGUGUCCAAGCCUACUGAGAAAGCUCAGCAUAAUCAUUGUAAUGACUUCAAUUCUAGGAUAGCCUAGAGAGGUGUUGGGUUGUUGUUUUGUUUUUCAUUCCUUACUACAAGGCUCCUGAGAUGUCCUUCCUAUCUUUCAAACCUGUCCUUCUUUGUGAGUUGUCGUACACGCCGUGCUCCGAAUGGUUUUAGUGAAGCCCUUCAGGCAUUCGGCGACGUCUUCUAUCUGCAGAAGGGCAAUGGCUUUAUUAGGAGCACCAACCUGUCACGGGGGAAGGUUUGGGAGCUUUCAAAUCCUUCAGAACUUGGAGGAGUGGGCUGCUGGGGGUUCGGGAGAACCUCUAGCUAAGAUUCUGCGCAGUUCAGAGAACCCACAAAUGCCACUCCUGGCUGGCCCCUCCCCUCCUGCCCCUCCCCUCCAAGGAGUCUCCACGUGGCCCAUUAUGGAUGCAGGUAACUGCAGGGUGCACGCGGAGGCUCGGGAAGGCCGGAAACAGGCCCAUUUAUGGCCUCCCGAAGGCCUCCAGAGCCUGGGGAGGCCAUUUUUUCUCUCCUAGAGGCUCAGGAAAAGUCUCCAGAGCCCAGGGAGGGCAAAAACUCCCCCCUUGCCCCCACUGUGGUACAGGAGGCCAACUAGGACACGUCCAUCAUGGCCACGCCCACCCAGCAACCGGGCAGAGAACCCCUUGCUAAAAUUUUUGAAGCCCACCCCUGUUCAGAGCCCUCAGGCAAGGCUUUUCCAAAAACACCAGGGUUGGAAAAGACGCCAGCAAAUUCAAGAACUGGGUUUCUUGUCCUCCUCCCAUUCACUUUUGGCAGGAAGAGAUCCUUUGGCUGACAGCGACAGAUGGAGGGGCCGCGAGAUGAAGGGUUUUCCCAGGGCGGAGGGCGACGUGUGUGUGUGUGUGUGUGUGUGUGUGUGUGUGUGUGUGUGUGUGUGUGUGUGU